AUGCUGGCGUGGUUGCUGUUGGCGGCGGCGACUUUGCGGCUCUGCCCACUGGCCAGAUCUCAGUCGUUGUGCCGUGUUCACACGGUGAGGACGGGAAAGGUGUUUCAUCACGUACAGCAAAUUGAAGGGGACCAGCUGUAUUAUUCUUCUACGACACCACGCUUGAUUAAACAUCCUUGUCAGAAAAGUGUAGCCCUGUAUUUAGGAAAGAACGUUUUUUUCACAAGAGAUGGUUUUAUGAGUAGUCUCCUUCCACUUUCCAUCCCUGCAUCAAUGAUGGUUGGCAAACCAGAAGUCACAUCAGCACAUUUUGCUGGUUCAAUAUUGCUAUUAGUCGUGAAUCAAAAAGUUUAUGUUUAUGAUUAUGAAGAAAACAGCUGGAGUAAAUCUUUAGGUAUACGACACCCUGUUUCACAUAUUUCUGGUGACAACUGUUGUUACAGUGGACAGCACUUUUGCUUGGAUAUAAAUGAUGUGGUGUUUGCUUAUUUGCUUGGAGAGAAAAUAUUAAAGGCCAAUAUAUACAUCUCAGCUACUCAGGGAUAUGGAUUCCAGAAGAUACCCAAUGAAAUACAGGAAGAAAAAUUGGGGUCUGUGGGCGGGAUCUUCUACUUCCACUCCUUGUCACAGAUUGGGCUGCUGUUUGUAGAACAAGGGAAGGCCAUGUUUGGCUACUCUGACUACCCCCUGAACCGCAGUUACGGGGUGCCCUUUGACUACAACGAGACCCUCAACAUCCUCCUCACCCCCGGCCAGAGAGGCAUUCUCGUCCUCUGGUCUCAGAAGAGCCUGAUGGUCUCCCGGAAUGCAGGUCAGCUCGUCAGCCCCGUCUGGAUACAGGAAAGACCCGGCCGCUCCUUCUACUCCACCUUUGAAGCCAACAUCACCAUCCACAAUGUUGCCGCCAAUGAAAACGAACUGGCAGUAUUAACUCAGGAAAAUCAAUUGUUUUAUGGCAGCCUGGGAAUCCUGCCGAGUCCUCUAAUCAAAUUUUCAGACCAAAACAUCUGGAAUCAAGAGUCCACUCUGAUGUUCACUGACGUGGGGAAGCUGGAAAUACUGACCCCAAUUUCUGAUCAGCUGUUUGCAAUGUUUGAUUUCCAGAAGUGCCCCAUGAACAUUCAGGGGAUUCUCAUGAGCCCCCAACUCAGAAAUGAAGUUUGUGAUAUAGAACUUCUGCAAGGAGAAUUCGAAAAUAAAAUGUUCACCAUUGACAUGAACAGCAAGUUGGAACUGACGGCCCUCAUGAUACCCCGGCCGGGCAAAUCCCCCGCCCCUCUGGCAGUGGUGAGCAACCCCCACUCCCUGGGGCUGGACAGCCUCAUCUACGAGGAUGGCUACACCUACGACGGGAACACCAAGUACAGACUGAAUAUUUCUCUGCGGCAGCAGCACCAUUGGGGCAGGACUGACCCCAACUUCACCUCCAGCAUAAGGAGACCCACAAUGUCCACCAUAACUGUGGACAUAGCCAACAAGGACAUUACAUGUGUGGACCUCAAGCCUCUGUCGGCCAUCAUCUCAGUCGGGUGUGACUUGGAGAAAAAGAUCAUCGUGCAGAACAAAGUCUCGGCCUGCUACAAAGGCAUCCUCGAUCCUGUGGCCCUUCAGGACAAUUACUCCUACGUCAUCGAGAAGGAAGCCUAUGACCCCGACUUUAAAGGACAGAAGGCCUCCCAGGACUUGGUGGUGACUUACCGCUACGAGAAGCUGGGGUGCCCUCUCCUGGUCUACUACGACUCUCUGUGGAAGCCCGUGGUGGAGCUGUGGCGAGGAGAGAGCUUCCAGGAGGUGGUGAAGGCGGAGUACGUGCUGCUGGAGGUGAACGGGCUGUUCACGUACACGUACUCCCUGACCGCAGCCUCGGCGCAUUGCAUCUCCCAGCCCCAGAACUGGACCACCGUCAGGCAUAAUGGGACCACACAUGUGCCCUUCGCCUGGAACCGAGAGAACUAUGUGAGCUGUCACGACCCUAACAACCGCGCCCCGCUGCGCUGGCCCAAAGUUCCCUACCAGAUCCUGGGCGGCCCCACGGACAACAGGAUCGCUUUCGAUCAAAGGAACGGCUUCUACAUCUUCUUCCUUUCUAUCGUGGACCCAUACUACAGCUACUGUCACCUGGAAACCACCUUCAGCGUGUUUGUGUACGGGGCCUACCCGCUGAGAGUCAUCUACUUCGAGUUCUGGGUCCCGACCAUCAUGGUGGGCCUGCUGCUGUCUGUGUGUCUGGGCUACCUUUUCCCCAAAGCACUGCAAACCCAGGUGGGCCUGAGGCUCAGCGCGGCCUGCACGUGUCUGUGCAAGAAGGUCAAGAAAGUCUGCCCGUGCCUCCAGUGCAGGUGA